AUGGGGUCCGAUGACACCGCUUUACGCGGAGAAUAUAUUCCGUUUCAGACUAUGAACGAUGAUGACAAUUCGGCCGAUUAUUCACAUAGAACGUCCCGCCCCUUAUCCCGAAGCCUGAAGCACCUGGUCCCGAUUGUUCUACUAUAUUGUUCGCUCCUCAUCUUCUCAUGGACCGUGACGUGCAUUCUUACCCACCGGCCUCUCCUCUAUCACCAUUCAACGCCGACAUGGGAAAGCGCGCGACAGCUGACCUGCGCGUCUCAAACGGUCCUGGGCGUCACCGACUCGGACGCAAGAGCAACAUUUUCUUGCAGUCAAAGGGAAGUGACCAAGGUCACCCUCACCGCUGCGGUUAUUGCUGCUACACGCCGCUGGAGGUUGGCCGCUCGGGUCAUCAACUCCGUCAUGGCGGUCCUAACCAUCCCGUUCUCUUCGUUUAUUGCCGCCCGCGCCGCUAUAGUUUACGGCCAGGCUGCUGGGAAUAAACGGACAUUCAGUCUUCGGAAACUACUUGCGGUGGCUGAUCGAGGAUGGUGGAAUCCCUUCAUCCUUGCCCGACUGUUUUCUGCUGGGGGUCGGCGGCGGUUGGGCAGUCCGCUCCUGUACUAUGCAUUUCUUGUUUGCGCUUUAGGUAUGAGACAUGAUGAUAGUGGUCUAAAUUGGCCGUUACAGCAACUGCUCGUGUCUGAAGUCACCAUCUUGGUAGAGAGUUUACCAUCCAAGGUCACGCCGCUGGUUUCUGACGCCGACAUCACCGGCUUGUCUCAAGUGAAGUCAAUCGAGACGGUUGGGGAUACUAGGCCAUUGAUCCACUACGCUACUCAGUACGACUCUCAGCCUAAUAUCUGGCGGACACCUGACUCGAUCUGUAAUGCAUCUAUGAGCUGGGCAUAUUCUUGUGUGGGUAACUCGGACCAAGCCGGAACUGCUACGCAUUUCAAUUCCCUCCGCGGCAACAGUUCAUUUGUCUCCGUCCCUGUCAAUUCCGCCACGACGGGAAUAAUCAGCAAUCAUGCCUUUCGAUUUAAUACGUCAGUUGCCUCAGAAGAAGUGUCAGAAGAGGCCUAUCCCGACAACUGCGGCGGACCAGGGUCUUUUUCUGCCUCAACGCUUGCCAAUUUGUCGGCUUUGGAUGCUUCCUACGGUGUCCCGAGCUCUGCCAACGGCAUGAUGGAGGUAAAGGUGUGCGCGCUGGGCGAUCUGCAGACUUUCCCGUGGAACCUCACCCGGAACCGCCAGGAUAUUGCCGAGGAAGCAUACAUUCACUUCAAUUCGGUGGCCAUGAGCUUCCUCACCAAUGGAUCCCGGAUAGCCAGCUGGACACAGCGCAUUCGUGCGAAUACGACGGCGGGUUAUUUCAUGCUCCCCAAUUAUAUGAACAACUACCAGACAGGGCCCUUGUUAGAGACAUUCGAUCUUGCAACUAGUUUUGAUCCGGAGAAUGUCAUUGUGGAUCAGAAGGAGAGUACGGAUGUGCGAGCUUUUGAUAACUCACAUGUUCUGGGAUAUGGUUAUCCCGACCCCACUCCCGUCAGUUCACCAGCUCUUGGCCCUUUGCUCACAGCCACCAAGGCCCUCUUUGGCCCGUCCACCUUCUUCGCCAAUCGCGCCAACUCAACGCCUACUCUACCGAACAUUACUUCCUUGUCGUUAGACGAGUGUUCCGAGCCAGUUCCAUUUACAUAUCUCUCCAACACCAACACCGAAGAUACUACCUCCUGGCGAUACGCGACUCUUAAGCCCUGUGCCUCGGACACCAACUCCACCUACUUCAACGACCUGGCCGCCUGGCUUGGUCAGCUCUUUGCGAACUAUGACGACCCUCAGACCACGUCUGUCUUCACCCAAGGAGCCUUCUUUGCCAACAAGGCCAAUCUGGGCCGCGCCUCCACUCAGCAAGCUUACCGCCGGAUCCUCCUCAAGGAUGACGGAACCUCUGUCGAGAUUUUUGCGAUUCGACCAUGGGCGAUCGCAUUCCUUUCUACCGUCAUCGGCCUGCAUCUUGUCGGACUCGUGAUUUUGGCCUUCUAUGCGGGGUUGCACCCGACGUGGACGGAGUCCUUUGAUGCGUUUGCCAUGCUGAGGAUCGGGGCCCAGCUAGCAGAGCGGAAGGAUGUGAGAGCUCAAAUGCCGCUGCUGGGGAAUGCGCAAAUGGAAGAUACUGCCAUCUUGGACUGUACGAACGGAAUUAUUGGGGAGGAUAUCGGUGCAGUGGAGACUGAGAAUGUCGGCCGCCUGCCAUGCUCCACUGUGUGGAAUUCAUCCUCUCUCCCAAUAUGCAGCAUAUUCUCAACGACAGCUUUAGCCAACCACUAUGGGUGCGCUGAUCAACGAAGCCGCGUAUCAGUUUGUUCAUCCAUGAAGCAACCUGGACGUCAUCAUGUCCCUUGUCUCUCACCAGAACGGCCCGAGACAGGCAGUGAGUUGCUUCAUUCAUGCGCCAUUACGCAUUGA